CGCCGCGCUGAGCAGCCGCCGAGACCCUCACUCGCUCGUUGGGCGGCAGCGCGGGCACCGGGGCGACCAUGGCGGGCAUCGCGGUCAAGCUGGCGAGGGACCGGGAGGCGGCCGAGGGGCUGGGCUCGCACGAGAGGGCCGUCAAGUACCUCAACCAGGACUACGCGGCGCUGCGGGACGAGUGCCUGGAGGCCGGGACGCUCUUCCAGGACCCGUCCUUCCCGGCCCUCCCGUCUUCCCUGGGCUUCAAGGAGUUGGGACCCUACUCCAGCAAGACCCGGGGCAUCGAGUGGAAGCGGCCCACGGAGAUCUGCGAUGAUCCCCAAUUUAUUAUCGGAGGAGCCACUCGCACAGACAUCUGCCAAGGAGCCCUGGGUGACUGCUGGCUACUGGCAGCCAUUGCCUCCCUCACCUUGAAUGAAGAAAUCCUGGCUCGAGUCGUCCCUUUGGACCAGAGCUUCCAGGAGAACUACGCGGGGAUCUUCCACUUCCAGUUCUGGCAGUACGGCGAGUGGGUGGAGGUGGUGGUGGACGACAGGCUGCCCUCCAAGGACGGGGAGCUGCUCUUCGUGCACUCGGCAGAGGGCAGCGAGUUCUGGAGCGCGCUGCUGGAGAAGGCCUACGCCAAGAUCAAUGGGUGUUACGAAGCCCUCUCUGGGGGUGCCACCACUGAGGGCUUCGAGGACUUCACCGGAGGCAUCGCCGAGUGGUAUGAGUUAAGGAAGGCCCCUCCCAACCUGUUCAAGAUCAUCCAGAAGGCUCUGCAGAAAGGCUCUCUCCUUGGCUGCUCCAUCGAUAUCACCAGUGCUGCAGACUCGGAGGCCAUCACCUUCCAGAAGCUGGUGAAGGGGCACGCGUACUCGGUCACCGGCGCCGAGGAGGUGGAAAGCAGAGGAAGCCUGCAGAAGCUGAUCCGUAUCCGGAACCCCUGGGGAGAGGUGGAGUGGACCGGGCAGUGGAACGACAACUGCCCAAACUGGACCACUAUUGACCCAGAGGUGAGGGAAAGGCUGACCAGACGGCAUGAAGAUGGGGAAUUCUGGAUGUCUUUCAGCGACUUCCUGAGGCACUAUUCCCGCCUGGAGAUCUGCAACCUGACCCCGGACACGCUGACCAGUGACACCUACAAGAAGUGGAAACUCACCAAGAUGGAUGGGAACUGGAGGCGGGGCUCCACCGCGGGCGGCUGCAGGAACUACCCGAAUACCUUCUGGAUGAACCCUCAGUACCUGGUCAAGUUGGAGGAGGAGGACGAGGACGAGGAGGACGGGGAGAACGGCUGCACCUUCCUGGUGGGUCUCAUCCAGAAGCACCGGCGGCGGCAGAGGAAGAUGGGCGAGGACAUGCACACGAUAGGCUUCGGCAUCUAUGAGGUACGGGGGGGCUUGACGGGACAGACCAACAUCCACCUCAGCAAGAGCUUCUUCCUGACGCACCGGGCGAGGGAGCGGUCGGACACCUUCAUCAACCUGCGGGAGGUGCUCAACCGCUUCAAGCUGCCCCCCGGGGAGUACGUCCUGGUGCCGUCCACCUUCGAGCCCAACAAGGACGGCGACUUCUGCAUCCGGGUCUUUUCCGAGAAGAAAGCUGACUACCAAGUUGUCGACGAUGAAAUCGAGGCCAACCUUGAAGAGAUUGAUGUCAGCGAGGACGACAUCGAUGACGGGUUCAGGAGACUGUUUGCCCAGCUGGCAGGGGAGGAUGCAGAGAUCUCCGCCUUUGAGUUGCAGACAAUCCUGAGAAGAGUUCUGGCAAAGCGCCAAGAUAUCAAGUCAGACGGCUUCAGCAUAGAGACCUGCAAAAUCAUGGUUGACAUGCUUGACUCGGAUGGGAGUGGCAAGCUGGGUCUGAAGGAGUUCUACAUUCUUUGGACCAAGAUUCAGAAAUACCAAAAAAUUUACCGGGAAAUUGACGUGGACAGGUCCGGAACCAUGAACUCCUAUGAGAUGCGGAAAGCAUUAGAAGAAGCAGGUUUCAAGAUGCCCUGUCAGCUCCACCAGGUCAUCGUUGCUCGGUUUGCAGACGACCAGCUCAUCAUCGAUUUUGACAAUUUUGUUAGGUGUUUGGUUCGACUGGAAACCCUAUUCAGGAUAUUUAAGCAGCUGGACCCCGAGGAUACUGGUAUGAUCCAGCUUGACCUUAUCUCUGUAAGUCAGCAGCUUCCCGGCCCCUGCUCCUAGGGGACGGGCGGGGGAGAAGGGCUGUUACUUGGGCGACAGAGAUCUGUGGCUUUUGGUCUGUCGGGGUCGGGCUGUAAAUUGUUGUAAGAUCCCACAGUGCACCUCUUGGCAGUCAUUUCCCAACUGCCCACUGAUUCUCGAGUCCAAGAAAACACACCUGGUCACUCCUCCCAGAGGCUUUGCCUUGAGAAUAGCACAAGGUUAAAAUAAGAAGAGGGUGGCUGCAGAAUCCCUCUUAGAAAAAUGACCGACCUGCUAAUUAGCAUGCAUGGGAGAAGAUGCUUAUUAUGCAGAGAAACCCUUUGGAUGAAAUUUAAGUGGGUCUUUGGAAGAUGUCAUUCUUAGAUCUACUUAAAAUACUUUCUGCACAAAUUACUUUUCUCUACUUCCUCCACCUUUAAAAAUACAAUAACCAUAGUAGAUAAGCUUACCAUAUAUAAUGAUUGUGCUCAUGUGUCUGGAACCCCAGCACUGGCCGCCUCUGAAACGAUCAUCAAUCGAAAUUCACUUGGUAUGCCAAUUCCACAGAAAGCAGAGCGCAAAAUGUUCUCUUGUCAUCCGAAGACAGAAAGUUCUCUCACUUCAAAGAAGGAAGCCAGCUGGGGUUACUUUUCACCCUCGCCCGUCUCCAGCUUGCAUUUCCUCUGUCCAAGGGGGAACUGAGCUUGGAGCAACACAGGCUACAGAGACUGGGGUUGGGUGGCCAGUGCUAGGUAGGAAUGACCAAGUCCCAGGGACCAGAGAGGAGCAGAGUGGUAAGAAGGUCAAGGGUAAGGGACCGGCAGGCACCUCCUUCCAUUGAAUUUUGGACUCUGGAGGAAGCCAGCAACUAAAUAGCUCUUUCACUCUGGUAUUAUGCAUUUUAAAGUAACGUGAGCUAACUGCAAAAUACAUUUUAGCUGGUUCCAAAGAACACUAACUUGCUUAAAACUCUAUGUAGCUCAGGAAAUAAUCCUCCCCUGAGACUGCA